AUGCCUACUCAGACUUCUGAGACAAGCCACACUGGCACUGCUACUCAAACAAGCCAGCCAAGCUCGCUUCCCGGAUCCAUCUCUCCCGCAAACGGCGUCACCCAGGCUCCCAAGGACUCGAUGCUGCUUCAACUAGGGUUUGAUGGCAGUCUUCCCUGGUCUUUCGUUGCGACUACCCCUCUUUCGUCGUCUCAGAUCUUCAGAUUCAUCCCACUGGCUCUGGAGCACGCCGUUCCUUACUGGGCCACCAAGGCUGAGAUGUUUGCCCUGGAGCCGUACUACAACUGGCAGAAGACCGGGUACAACGGAACCCUUGCUAUCUUCUACUUCCCUAACGAAGGUUACGCCAAGCUCGAGUCCAUGAAGUCGAACCCUAACUCUGCCCUCUACACCGAUGACUCAAGCGCCUCUGUCAGGAGCCUGAUGAAUAUGGUCGACCCAACAAUCCCUUUGGUGUACAACGGCAAUUGGCCCGCCGAUGAUGCCGACACUACUGGCAACACCGGCACUGACUCCGGCUCCGACGGCGGUGACAAUGGUUCAGACGGCUCUCAGAGCGACGGUUCCAGCAACAGCUCCAAGGGCUCUGCCACUUCUGCUGGUAUUGCCGUUGGUGCCGUGGCUGGUGCUGCCGCCUACGGUGCUGGUAUGUUCUACCUCGCCCGCCGCUACCGCCAGCGGAAGCAGCUGCACCAGCGAUCAAGCUCUCAGGUCGACCAGAUGAGCCAGGCUUCCGGUGCUGGCUCUCUCUUCGGUGCUCAUGUGUCCGGCAGCCAACGCUCCCAGAUGAUCAGUGCCCCAGUGAUGGCCGAAAAUUCACUCGGAUGGAACUAA